UUCAUUUCGGACUAGAGUGAGUCCUUUUAACGUUCACUGCGCAGAAUGUAGGAGUGACUUCACAACUGACACAGUCUCUCACAACGAAUUUCUUAUAUAUUUACUUGCGACAUUAGCAGAGGCAGUAAACAAAAGAAAAGCUACAACCAUGGGGAGAGGGAAGGUCGCCUCUGGAGUCCGAGACGUGUAAAAGAAGCCGCCUACAGAUUCUGGCGUCCCCAGAUGGUGUAGAAGAGAACUACUGUACUAGCUCGUUUCUCACUUGCCAGAAAACAUGGCCGUACCCGUAGCUGCCUCGUGCGUGUGCGUGCGUUUAGAUAAAAUGUUUGUGUUGGUGUUUCUUUGCGUGUGCCUCAUAGCAAAACUGUGUGUUUCGUCUGAAAUGGUAGUUACAGGAGCUGAGAAAACUUGUGACGCACUGUACCGUGACGGCGUCCAAGCUUAUUUGGAAGAAAGAUGGCAAGACUGCAUUGACAAUUUGGAACACGCGUUAUCAAGCUAUCGCUUAUUGAAGCAGACAACUGUGAACUGUAGACUAACGUGUCACGCUGCAGCAGAUGAAACCUCACCCAUGGGCCCAAAAAGCGUCGAUGAUCUCCAGUUUUUUGAAAAGAUGAUCAGGAAAACUUUGUGCUUAUUAAAAUGUAACAAACAUAACCCCAAAGAUGGUCUUCAUGGACUACCAAAGAGCGUUCUAAAAGAAUUCGAAGACUUGAAACCGUACGAAUAUUUGCAGUUAUGUUACUAUCAGAAAAAUUUACUGCAAAAAGCAGCGUCUGCUGUUUUCACCUACCUCGUCAACAAUCCAGACAAUAAAGUUAUGCAGGAAAACCUCAAGUUCUAUUCUGAGCUGCCAGAAGUGGAUAUGAGUGAAGUGGUCAAUUUUGAAGCACGGAACUACGUUUCCUUGUACAUCCAUGGUGCAGAAGCUUACCAACAUGAGGACUACAAAUCCGUUAUUAGCUACAUCGAGGAAUCUCUUGAAGAUUACCUGCGAGCUGAAGAUGAGUGCAGAGCUUACUGUGAGGGCCCGUUUGACCAAGGAUGGUUUCCAGAUUUUGUUUCGUCCAUUGCUAAUCAUUUCACCUACUGCCUCAAAUGUAAGCGAAGGUGUCCUGACAAACUGAAUUCUCUGAAUGGAGAAAAGCACCAAGACCUCCUUGCAAGCCAUUACCAUUUUCUGCAGUAUGCAUAUUAUAAAGUUGGAAAUUUAAGGAAAGCUUGUGAAGCCGUUGCCAGUUAUCUGAUGUUCUACCCUGCGGAUGAAACCAUGAUGAAUAAUAAGGAGUACUACUUUAAACUGCCAAAGGUAGAAAAGGACUUCUUCACACCAAGAGAGGAAGCUGUGGAGUAUGUGCAAAGGCAGGAAUAUGAACUCAGACUGCUUGAUUUCAUUGAAAAUGAAUUUUCUUUCAAAGAUGGAAGUGAAAAUGCAAUCGACAUCAAUGAAACUGAGAAUAAAUCCUCUCUAACCAAAGUGAAGGAUAGUAUUAUUAUGGGCACUGUUUCUAAAUCAAAACUGUUUCCACCACCUAUCAUCAAGUUUGAGUGGCCAAAAUAUGAAAUUAACAUUAAACCUAAUGAAGAAGAAUACAUUAUAAAACAUAAAGGGAAUGUAAUUAAAGAAAAUCUUGAGCACAGUAGCAGUGCUAGAACUGAAGAUGAAAAACGGGCAGAGGACAAAAUUAAGAGCCAGAAAAAGCGGGCUGUGGAACAGCUGCAAAGAACUGCUGCAAGGAAUAUAAAGGCUGUGAUGGGAGAAAGAGAGCUUCAUGGAAAACAUAGAUUUGUGGCUGAAGGAUUUGCUAAUGACAGUGAAUGCAGCAAACUUAUGAACUUGGCACAGGUAGCAGCUGUGCAAGGGGAUGGCUACAGUGGUAACAAAUCACCACAUACAGAUUUUGAGAAGUUUGAAGGCGUUACAUUAGGAAGGGUUGCUUUGCUUGUAUAUUUAGGUUUGAUAGAAGUGGACGUGCUGGAUCUGUACCUGAACCUAAGUGAAAUUGGCCGAGACUAUUUAGAAAGAUAUUUCAACCUAAAAACUGAGUUAUACUUUACAUAUACACACCUUGUAUGCAGAACAGCACUGAAUGAUUCUCCAGACAAUAGAUCAGAUAUGAGUCAUGCCAUCCAUGCUGACAAUUGCAACUUACUGGAGAAUGGAGAAUGUCCUAAGAGUCCACCUGCAUACACAUGGAGAGACUUCAGUGCCAUUUUGUAUCUGAACGAGGAUUUUGAGGGAGGAGAAUUCAUAUUUGCUACAGAUUUAACUGCAAAAAAUGUUCAGAGUCUAGUGAAGCCACGCUGUGGCAGACUGGUUGGCUUCUCAGCAGGAAGUGAGAACCCACAUGGAGUGCGCAGUGUGCAGAGGGGACGCCGCUGUGCCCUGGGACUCUGGUUUACUCUGAACCCUUUUUAUGAAGAGAUUGAACAUAUUUUAGCAAAGCAAGUACUGCUCCAAGUGCAACAAGAAGGCAGUAUUACAGAUCAGUUACUUCAUGAACUUGAAAAACAUGUAUAUGUAGGAUCCAGUAUUUCUCACCAUAAACCAACUUCUACAGCAAUUAAAGAACAGUUAAAUCUCCAGGAUAAUUAUGUGAAGAAAAGUCAAAUUCCAGAUUGAGGUCUUCUGGAUUGUGACACUUGGUCAUCUUGUAAGCUGAUACUAAUGUUUCAGAUACAUGUGCUGACUCCAUCUUCAGAGUUGAAGUGUGUUGGUUCAGGCAGAUUAUAGAACGGUGGUCAUGAGACCUGAAGGAGGGAUGAGGAAAGGAGCCUGAUCUGGGCCAAUGGAAAAAUGGACAGGAAACAUGGCCCUUUUACGGGCACACUCAGGGUAUUUUUCCAGUCUUUCUUCUGAUUGAUCUGAAUCAAGCUCAUUUUCUUAACCUUUCUCUUGUGUCUCAUGACCAUAUUCCUUGCAAUCUGCCCACAUAACUGCAUUAAUUCCUGAACCUACUCAGUUCAAUUCUGGAGAUGAAGGUAGCAUGUUUCUUCAGAAUAUUGGUAUCUGUCUUCAAGACCACAUGGUGUCACAACCCAGAAGACCUCAAUCUCAACAAUCAUCACUGUGGAAACCUCAAAACUUCAACAUAGAUUUGGUGACAUGGUAGCAAGCAGUGAGUCUAUACAUUUAAAACUGAAAGGCAUAAAAAUGUAAAUAUUCUUGAGCUAUACGUAUAUGUCACAUGGAAUGUAUGGGUAUAAAGACUACUGAAUUAUGUAACUAAUUGCAUUAUUCACCGAGAAAAGGAUAUUACAAUACUCAACAAUCAGCAAUACAUCCAGUAUUCUACAAUAACAGGAAGAAAAUCCAUCAACAUCUCUCAUUACUGCUGUCUGUUGUCACGUUAAUGGAGUAGAACACUAUGACUUAUAUAAGUAUCACUUUAAUUUAUUAAAAUGUAGUGUAGUUUUGAUCCACUGUAAUGGGUUUUGAAUUAAUAGUUCCACUAUCAUCAGCAGGAAACAAAGGAUUUAAGUGGUACAAGGACCAAAUUUUUUGUCAAAUUAUAAUUCAUAUUAAAUUUGUCAGAUUGAAAAGUCUAUCAACAGAGUAAAGUAAAUUAAUAAAUAAAUAAAUAAAAUCCUUGGUUUUUAGAGGUAACUGAGACAUAAAUAUAUGAUGAAAGCUGGUAGUAAUAGGCUCUCUGUUGGACACUAUCACUAGAAUUGAUGUUUUAGGCAUGUCUCACAAAUGUGCAAGAAGCUCGCUUACUAAAUGCCUGAACUUUGCCAUAUUUUCAAAGGAUUUAUCAGAUGUCUCACAUAUAAUUCCAGGUACUGCUGGUUUUCAUUGACUUUCACAAUGCUAUAUCCUAAAGAAAGAUUGAAAAGUAAGCAUACCCUAGUUUCAGGCCAUUCUGAAUAAGAAGUGUGUCAUACAAAUGUAUAUCUACUUGGGCUUUAAGUGCAGGUUUCACUGAAAGAUAUUUUAAGAAUGCCUACU